AUGAAAUCAACCAUGAAUAUUAUGAAGAUAACCCAAUGUUACCAUCGUUUCUGGAAGAGAAUAUUUAUGUUCUUAGUGCUCGUAUGGGUCGUUAUAUUUUGUGCUACUUUUUAUUUCGAACACGAAAAACCCUUCGACGAUGAUCUAGAACAAACGCUUGCCAUUGCACUUCAAUAUCUCGACGAGGUGCACAGAACCAACGUCGAACUGAUAGAAAUGAGGAACGAUCUAGUUCACAAACUGAGAUUCGACGAAAAAAAAAUUAACAACAAAAGGAAAAUGGUAAACGGACCGUCUGAAGAAUACGAAGUGUUGCGUCGCCGUGUUUAUUCAAACACGAAAGAAGUUUGGUAUUACGUCAGUUCUACAUUACGAUCGUUGGCCAACGAAUUCGAAGAUUUGAAACCGAAAGUUUCUGAUAUUAAAACAAUGGUCGACGAACACUAUAGAUCGUUAUUGAGAGAUGUCGCCAAGUUGGCCGAUGUUGACGGUUUUUCACAGUGGAGGUGGAAAGAGUUUCACUCUUUGAGUAGACUGGUCGAAAAGAGACUUCGACAUACGCAGAAUCCACCCGACUGUUCCAAAGCUAGAAAACUCUUGUGCAAUUUCUUCAGCGCAAAUUGGUGUGGAUAUGGAUGUCGAGUACACCAUUUCGUCAAGUGCUUAUUUGUCGCCUACGCCACCGAGAGGACAAUGAUUAUAGAUAAUCCUGAACAUUGGAAGUUUACUAGAGGUGGUUGGGAAAAAUUAUUUUUACCCCUUAGCAACACGUGUACGUCGAAUGAUGGUGAAACAUUUUCACUUUGGCCAGGCAACGAAACUACUCAAGUCAUAAAGUAUAUUCUGCCUACACCCGAUAAUGUUGCCAAACAUCUCAAUCCUCCUUACAUUCCGGUCGUGUUGCCCGAGGACUUAGCUGGACGAAUAAACGUCUUGCACGGUGACCCCGCUGUAUGGUGGUUAGGCCAGUUCCUCAAAUACAUCUUCCGGCCGCAACCAUCCACUACCAUUGCGUUUAACGAGUUUGCCAAGCGUGUGAAUUUUCAAAAUCCAAUUGUCGGAUUGCAUAUCAGACGAACGGACAAACUCAUCAAUGAAGCUUCGUUGCACAAACUCGAAGAGUAUAUGUACCACGUUGAAGAAUAUUACAAACUCAAAGAAUUGGACGGCGUAUACGACACGAAACGGAUUUAUUUGGCCACGGACGAUCCAACAUUGUUUGAUGAAGCUAGACUCAAAUAUCCUGAGUACGAUAUUAUCGGCGAUCCAGAGAUAUCCAAAACUGGAACGGUUCUAAAGCGCGAAUUAGACGGUUCGAUUAUGAAUAUCAACAUCGAAAUAUAUUUUCUAGCUCACUGUGACUACUUAGUUUGUACUUUUUCGUCAAAUGUAUGUCGGUUAGCAUAUGAAAUUAUGAACAGUCUCCAACCGGAUGCAUCAGCUAAGUUCACUUCUUUAGACGACACAUUUUACUUUAGUGGUCAAGUUCACAGACUGAAUGUAGCUUUAAUAUCUCAUAAAUCAGAAGGACCGGAAGAGAUGGAUCUAGAAGUAGGUGACGAGAUCGAAGUAGCUGGAAAUCAUUGGGACGGUUAUUCAAAGGGGAAAAAUUUGAGAACAAAGAAAACAAAUUUGUAUCCUACAUUUAAGGUAACAAGAAAAAUUGAAGUUUUGCCUUUUGCCAGCUAUCCAAAUAUCACUAUAAACACUGAGAUAUAG